UGGAGGAUGAAGGAAGCAGAGAUGAGGGUUGACCAGGUCCACUUCUGCACAGACAACCCGAGUGUGUCCCUGUCCUCCCAAGGACUGGACCCCGUGGCAGUGGUUUCUGCAGCCCCCAAGAUGCCCAGGCGUUUGAAGGCCACCCUGGCCUCUUUGGGUGUAUUCAUGGUCUUCUGUCUUGUGACUCUCUUCGUUGUGGCCCUACAGCACCCGAGACCUGCACUGGAGACACCCGCCUACUUCCAAGAGCUUCUGGGGGACAACCAUACUGGGCAGUUUCUCAAGGAACCCGACUAUCCCUACCACUCAGUCAGGGUGGUGGACCUCCGAGAGGCUGUCCGACUGUUUAAAGGACAUGUGGAAAACGCCAGCACCUGGAGCGUGGAGAUCCAGCUAUUGACGUGCAGAGUGGACAAUGUCAGUUCUCAGAUCCAGAUGCUCGGCGGUGAUCUGGAAAGUGCCAGUGCUGACAUCCAGAUGCUAAAAGGCCUCCUGAAAGACGCCAGUACCUUGAGUUUCCAGACCCAGCUGUUAAAGAGUUCCUUGGAGGAGACUACUUCUGAGAUUCAGAAGCUCCAGGGAGAUCUAGAAGAGGCAAAUGCUUCAAAUUCCCAGAUCCAGAGUUUCUUUAAAAGCAGUUUAGAAAACACUAGCAUUGAGCUCCAUGUGUUAAGCAGAGGCUUAGAAAAUGCCAACACGGAGAUCCAGGUGUUGAAGGCAGGAUUAGAAACGGCAAAUGCUGAGGUCCGAUUGGCCAACAGUAGUUUAAAGAAUGUUAAUGCCCAGAUCCAUGUUUUAAGAGGUAAUCUGGAUAGUGUCAGUGAUUUAAGGGCCCACCAUCAGGUUUUAAGGAGUAGUUUGGAAAGCACCACUGCUGAGAUGCAGAGGUUAAAGGGAAGUCUGCAAGAUGCAAAUGCUUUAAACUCUCAGACCCAGACCUUUAUAAGAGGCAGUUUAGACAACACCAGUGCUCAGAUCCAGGUGUUAAGAAGUCAUUUAGAAAGGGCUGGAGGUGAGAUUCACUUGUUAAAAACAGAUUUGGAAAAUGUCACUGCCCAGACCCAAACAGCAAACAGUCUCCUGGAGCAGACAGAUGCUGAGAUGAGAGUGUUAAAAACAGAGCUGAAAAGUGCCGUUGCCUUAGGUUCCAAGAUUCAGGUGUUAAAUGGUCUUUUGAGAAAUGCCAGCCAAGAGAUACAGACCUUAAAACAAGGAAUGAAGGAUGCCGCAGCCUUACAUUCCCAGACCCAAAUGUUAGAGAGGAAUCUGCAGGAGGCCAGAACUGAGAUCAAGACAUUAAGAGAGGAUUUGGGGAACACCAAAACCCUGACAACAACAAUCCAGGAGCAGCAGAGAAGCCUGGAGGGCUUCCGCACAGCCCUAGCUUCACAGGAGCAGCAGCUCCAGAGGACCCGCAAUCAACUUCUCCAUCUGAUCACAAAAGACUGGAAGUCCUACAAUGGGAACUUGUAUUACUUUUCUUCUGCCAAGAAGACGUGGCAGGAGGCUGAGCAGUUCUGUGUGUCCCAUGGAGCCCACCUGGCCUCGGUGACCUCGGAGGAGGAGCAGGCAUUUCUGAUACAGUUCACGGGUUCCGUUUACUACUGGAUUGGCCUCACCGACCGCGGCACGGAGGGCCGCUGGCGCUGGACAGAUGACACACCAUUCGAUCAUGCUGGGAGCAGAGCGUUUUGGGAUCAGAAUCAGCCGGACAACUGGCCACACGGUAUUGAGCGGUCGGAAGACUGUGUCCAAGUGCAGCGGAAGUGGAAUGACAUAUCCUGCUCCGCUCUCUGCAACUGGAUCUGCAAGACGUCUGUGGGCCAGCUGUAGCCCAGGGGCAGGUGGGACUGAGGCCCUUCUCCACGACGCCUUGGGAGCCGCUCAAUCAAUUGGUUCGCUGGGGCCUUCCAUUCAGCCUUUGCUUUUCCUGACCUGUCCUUUUGAAAUAAAUCUUUGGAAUAUGUUCACCUAACAUGACCCAGCACGACCAGCAGCUUCUCAAGGAGGAAAAAAAGACUUGUGUCUCUAUAUCUUCUCGGCAACCAGUGCAGGGCUGUCAGAUGGCGGCUCCUCAAUAAAUACUCCGAUGAACCAAA